CACUCACAACACUUGGCCCUGGACUUCUCCAGAGAUAGACACCAGAUAGGUAGACGUGAAGCAUUAUUGUGAUCCUCUUUUUGCAUUGUACAGUCGUAGCACUUCAAUGUGUCAGCCUUUACGGCAAUCUGUUUGCAUUUUCAGCGCGGUAUCACCAGGUUUUUAGCGCGUUGGAGCUGUGUUGCGUCUAUUCGGCCUAUAGAUGGCGACCAGCCCCCACACUGGCCUUUAUGACGCUGUCUUAGACCUAUGUUAUAUAGGCCCAUUUAGGAUUACGUAACAACGCUCCGUGGUGUAAUGGUUUGUUUAUUGUUAACAGCCUUGAUUUGUCAAUUUUUUACUCAGGGUUCGAAUCCCGGUGGGAGCAGAAGUUGUAAUUACUGAACAUUUUUAUAUUUUCGCAUACAUGAUAGGCUGCCUGUAUUAUUUAGCAGAGCUACAGCCAUGUUCUCAAGAGGUUCACCAGCCGCUUUCGGCAGUGAGUCAUACACGGACGUUGUUCUGCCCGCUUUCAUGUAAACACGGAACUCUUCACAGUUUUUUCAAACGUAGAUUUUGUUAAUUUCGUUAUUCAUUUACAACAACAUGCAAAUGCUAAAAAUUAUCUGAAAAGAUGACAGUACACCCAUCAAGUUUGGGUGAACAGAAAACGCUUGAAAGCGUUUCCGUUUUGUAUUCCGUUUAUUUUGUUAAUAUUCCUUUCACCUGUACCACAUAAAGUCAUUGCAGAGCUACAGCCACGUUCCUACAAAGUUAACCAGCUGUUUAUUUCGUUAUUACUCAUUUCACCUGUACCACAAGUCAUUGCAAAGCUACAGCCGUGUUGCUACAAAGUUAACCAGCUGUUUAUUUCGUUAUUACCUCUUUCAUGUCCGUCUGGUGAAUGAAAGUGGGCGUGGCCAUCCACGUCCCAGAGCAGGGACACUGAGGGAAGGGGAAACACGCAUCAACACGCAGGACAAAGAUCUGCGUUUCUCUGCCUGCUACAGCCUCGGCUGCUUUGGGUUGUUAGUGUCCCUUUCACCUGUACCAUAUGAAAUGUGUUCCUACACUGCAAAAACAGACCUACUAUAAAGAAGCAAAAUAAUGUUAAAUAUAAAACAAAUAAUCUUGUAUUAAGCAAAAAAAUCUGCCAAUGGGGUAAGAAUUUUUUGCUUGACAAGAAUUCUUAAAAUAAGCACAAAUUCCUUGACUCAAAGACUUAAUUGGGCCUUAAAACUAGAUAUAAAUUCUUAAAUUUGAAUUAAAUUUUCUAUAACAAUCAAUGAAAAACUAUUCAUUUUAAGAUUAAAUUACUCAAAAUAAGAAAUCAUUGAAGUCAAAUUUAAGAAAUUACACCUUAAUCUGUGAUUAUAAAUGAGAAUAAAAGUACUGAAAAUAAGAAUACAUUUCUUCAAACUCCAUAAUGAAAAUAAGUCACUUUGUCUUAAAUUAAGACACAAAACCCUUCUCAAAUUAAGCAUUUUUUUAUUAACUUUGCAACAGCAGUUAUAUCAAUAUCAAUUGUUAAACAAUUAACACAUUUGCAUAUGCUGUUAAACAAAAUUUCAAAGUAAAAAGUGUGAACAUUUUCAACAAAGGAACAGACAUUUCACACUUACAUUUGACAGAGUUGGCAGUGUAGAAGAAACUCACUGGAUGAAGGAUUUCCACUCGCCAAUAGCUUUUUUGUAGGAUGGGGUUAAAUCGUGUUCAUGAAUGGAAUCCUGGAGAAUUUCUGUUUGCACUACUGAGAGUAGUUUUGAAAUACACUUUGGGUAAGUGAGGUGCAGGGCAUAGUAAUAUGCCAUGAGGUAGAGCAGGCCUUCUUUCAGUCUCUCAAGGUUGAAAGUGGUCACUGGCAUGUUUCCAACGGCGAUCAUGCAGUUGCCAUCCGAAACAAGCAGAACUGGCGAUGUCAGUGCUCGUUGCUGCAGGUAAGUAUCAGGAUCCUCCGAAGUCUAGAUGACCCAAAUCAAUAUAGAGAAUUAAAAAGCAUCACAACUAACAGACAUACUUUUACCUCAAUGAGCACAAUGGUGAAAUCCUUGUAAAAUAGUCACAAUAACCCGUAAGUGGAAGAACAUUUUAUGUCAUUGUUGAACACUGCAAAUACUGAAUGCACAGCUAGAAGUUAGUAUUAACAUUAACACUAUGGACACUUCACUUUUGAAAUUAUAUGGUAAUCUCAAAGUAACUAAACCUGAAAGAAUAGGUAUGUGUACAUAAUUGGAACCUAUGUAGAUGCCGCAUGUCUUUUUUAUACGAGUUCACAUUUUAAAGGUUUAAAGGAUUUUUAAGGAUUAAAGAAUCAAAUGUUGAUAACUGGAAAAGUUCAUAUAUACUAUAAUAUUUGAUCCUUAGUUAUGUGCGGAUUAUAUGUGAUUCUUUUGCACUUAAUAUGUACUUGUAGUUUUAGGAAUUAUAGAAAAGGCAACAGCAGCCUUGAGAGAGAAGGGCAGAUGUGUUUUGUCAAACCUGGGCCUCACUUUUACCUGAAGGACAUGGAAAAGAGCCUCACUGCUUAAGCCCACCUUCUUAGGUGGCAUGGUGCUAGAUGGGAAGAGCAGCGGCAGGGCUCUGAACACAGCUGUGACAUGCUCCACUGUUUUAAUGGUAAAUGCACAAUACAAAAUUGUACCAUAAGUAAAUUGUCAUGUGACAUUUUAUUAAAUAAACAAGACAAUGUAUUGUAACUUCACCUCCAUUCAAGGUUUUAGGAGGCUUCAUGGCUUUCUUCAUCACCCCAUAAAACUGGACCUUUGAAUAGAAUAUUUCCCAUCUGUUCUUCAUCUCAUAGAUGUACUGGGAGUUUGUUGGUUGGAUGACCCGCUGCAGCUCAUCCAGCACCUGAAAAAUAGAUUCAGAUACAGAAGUAAAAAUGUCAGAAAAACAUUGUCCACUAGCCCUUUUCAAGCAUUCAGGUGACUUAAUAAAAAUACAUAUACAAUAUGUAAGUUAUGUCAUGCUAAAAUGUGUACUUGGAAGGGAAUGUGGACUGAAUAGGACCAUCAUUGCUUACAUGAUCGAGUUCUCGGAAGCACGGGUAAGCCUCCAGAACCUUUGUUGGUCUGUCAUGCUCCUUUAAAACAUCAGAGACGAUGAAUCGUCUACGAGACUCAAAUUCCAGGUUCAGCAAAUGAGUUACUGCAGCUUUGUUUGGCUUUUUGGACUUGUACAUUUCUUGAAGAGUCCUGUAGUGUCUUGCUUGGGUUUUCUGGCUGUCCACGCAGUCAGCUGAAUCAGCAGAAGAUAAUAGAGGGACAUUAUGGUGGAAAAUGAAUAUGAGAUUUGCAAACUAACAUGUUGUCAGCAUAACCAAAUUCUUAGGAUUAAAUUAAGCUUUAGACAGACAAUGCUACUGGGUGUAGAAUGUAUGUCAAAUGAAUUAACACAGCCUAAAUGAUAUUAAAUACAACACAUACCUGCUUCAUCACUGCUAUCCUGGUUCUGCACUGGGGUGCUAGUUCUAUGUGACACUGGGAUGCCCUUGGGACUAACGGGUGACCGUUCCAGAGUAAUAGUGGAUGCACUGGAAUCUCCAUCAUACUCAGUGGAUGAAACACUGACUUCCACAUCUUGUCGGGGUUUCUUUGAAGGAGGACCUUUAUACUUUCUUGGACUUUUGACAUUUGAUAGUCUCUUCAUGAGCUUUUUAGGAACAUGCUCCUAUGAAACAUACAGAGUAAGCAUAAAAAUAAACCCAAGCUUUAUUUUGCUAUAAUUAGAGUUUUCAACAAAUUCUAGCUUUAUUUCAACAUUGUUAUUAUUCCAGAUGGGAGAAAUAGAAUUUAUUGAAAUAUUAAAUAACAUCAAAACUACAAAAAGCAAUAAUGACAAAUAUCUACUAACCCAUUCACUCUUUGAUGACCUGUCUUUUAUCAUUGGAUAGUACUCCACCAGCCGCUUUGCCAUGAUAUUCACCUCAUGUUUGGUGGGGUAUCUGGGAUCCUCUGUGGCUCUUGCGAUAGAAAUCAUAUUAGUCAUAGUGUUUCUUAUGAGUCGGCAGAAAAGCUCCUUGGAUAAGGCCAAACCCUGCUCUUUACCCAGCCGUUUUUGCUCAAAGUAGGAGCGUCGCACCUGCUCAAGCUCACUGUCUGUGAAGAGUAUGUACUCUGGGUUGGAUACAGUCACAAAUUUAGAGGUAUUGGCCUCUUCGUUUGAACUGCUGUUGCCUUCAGUCGGGGCUGAUUGCUGAAUUUCCAUAUGAGUACUGGCCUGAAAUACAUUUACACAAACUUUAUAAUAACUGCCUACUCAUUAUGUAUGCAUUAUUUUUUUUAAUUACUUUUAAAACAAUUUUUUUUAAUAUGUCUAGAGUUGUAAGAGAUUAAAAGCAGAAAUAUGUAAAAUAAUGAAAUACCAUGUAUAGAGACUUAACAUUAACAUUUCUGUGAUAAUGGAAAAUCUGUUAUACUGACAGGUGUUCUGUCAUACUGUGAAAGACUGAACUGACCUUGUCAUCUUUAUUCACAACAAGCCAAAUAGCUCUGCGCCUCAUGAAAUGUUCAACACCUGGAAACAGAUCUCUGAUGUCAUCUCGGGAAAGUGAUGGUAAUAAGUCUUCUCCAAUAUUAGCAGCUGCAACAUAGACAGGUUACAGUCAGUGCAAAGAAACUAAAGUUAUCAUUGAUGACAAUCAUUCAAUGACAAUCGCUAAAAUGCCAUUAUUAUCUUUGGCUCCGGGAAUCCACAACACAUUAAGCUAGGUAAAGCUAUAGGUUAGCUAGCUAGGCAAAUAGAACAUUAGCACGACAUUAGUAAUGCUUAGUUACAUACCUCUGAGUGUGGCAAUUGAAACCUCGUCCAGUUGAUCCAUAAUGCCACUCAACUGACAUCAAAUAAAUGACACUUUACAUAGAAAAAUGUGCAAAAUUGCCAAAACUGCCAAAAUGACCGCCAAAGCCUGCGCAGUUUUUUUUUCAAAAUGAAACGGACUUCACGAUGCGCGGGAAGGAGCAUCAGAGUGUACCAUCGUCAUUGAGGGAGCAGGGGUGGCCGGUCAUUUUAAAUACGUUUAUUUAUUUAGCAUUUGCAGUAUAUUUAUCUAAAAAGGUUUUGUAUUACUGUGUCAUUAAAACUGAGUCACAUAAAUGUUAAAAAAAUAAAUCUCAAGUGGUUUAUAUCUUUAUAAAACUUGCGAACUAUGGUAAUUACUACUUCACUACACUUCACGCAAUCUUAAGUUCAGAGGUGAAGAGUUCAAAACUGUAUUUUGCUAAUGUAAGCUAAAAGCAGCAUGAAAAUGAUUUGGCGCUGUGUUAUUUGCUUCGUUUUUGUAGGUCUAACUCUCAAAGCGUUAUUGAGUCAUAUAAAUUCUGCGCAUAGUCGGAGUCCAGAUUUUCGCGUUGUUUGUGGAAUCGAUGGAUGUUCCAAAGAGUAUCGCGUCUACAACUCACUAUGGUAUCACAUUCGAAGAAACCACCGUGAACACCUUGAAUGUGGCGGUCACAGACAGAGGGGGACAACAGUGGCCUCAAAUCGGGAGACCCCAUCAGUGGUGAACAGAAACGUGUGGACGUAUAAGCCAACGACGGUGGAAAACAGAGAGCAUUACAAGGACGAGGCAGUGGUGGAAAACAGAGUGCAAGCUGAAGAUGUAAUGACUGAGAAAAACAGAGUGCAGCCCUGUUCUAACUCGGUGUCUCCACAUUUUGGAGUAUUUGACAAUACUGCAUCCUUAUAUUCUGGCUUUGAUGGUGGCACCUGUACUCAUCUAAGUCACCCCGCUUUGUCCCAGACUGAUGAAAAUUUAAAUAUUCUGGAUGUUCCAUGUUCUGCUGUACUUGACUCCUCUGCAUCGUGUUGUGCAAAGGAUAACACCAGGCAUGACACUUUGUCCAGACAGGCUACUGCUAUUAUGCUGACCGCAAGAGAAAAACACCAUCUUUCACAGAGAGGUGUAAAUGAUGUAUUGGCAGCAAUGCAACAAUACCAGGCUCUGUUGGUGACCAAUCUGAGGAGUCAGAUACAAACUGUAUUCCAGCUACACCAAGGAAGUGAACUUCAAAAGGAAGUGAUGGCAGUAUUUGACCGGAUUGAGGAUCCUUUUACUUCUGUUGCGACAACAUACAGGCAGGACAAUGUCAUUAAGGAGCAUUUCAAUUUUGUGGAGUCAGAGGAGGUUUGUGUUGGGUAUGCUGCCUGCAUUCAUAAAAAAGGGGGGAAAAGGAUCCUUUCUACAAAACCCAAAUGUUUUCAUUACAUACCUUUGAUCAAAAGUUUAGAGCAGUUAUUGUUACAUCCAAAAGUUUUGGAAAUGUUAGAUCAGCCACAGAAGUACACAGUAGGGUAUUUGUAUGACAUUACAGAUGGAGAGCUCAUGAAAUCACACCCUUUAUUUUCAGCCCGGCCCUCUGCUUUACAGAUAAUUGUUUACUCUGAUGAAAUUGAAAUUUGCAACCCACUAGGAUCUCAUGCUUCCAAAAAUAAGUUGAUAAUGUUUUAUUAUACGUUGGGAAACAUUAAUCCAAAGUAUAGAUCAAAAUUAGCUGCAAUCCGUCUACUUGCAAUUGCAAAAAAGAGUGAGCUGUCUGAAUGUGGAAUUGAUGCAAUUUUGGGCAGAUUGUAUGAGGACUUGGUAAUGCUAUAUGAUGGUGUUACAAUUCAGACUGAGAAGGGAGAACGUGAAAUAUUUGGAGCAUUAGUUUCAAUAUGUGGAGACACUUUAGCACAACAUGAGCUUUGUGGAUUUAAAGAGGGUGUUGGUUUUGCCUAUAGUAAGUGUCGGCAUUGUGAAUGUUCAUUUGAGGACAUGCAAAUGUAUUUUGAUGAGGACAACUUUGAGCUCAGGACACUAGAAAGACAUGUUCGUCAGUGUAGUGACAUUGAGAAGGCAAAUACUGAGUAUCUUAGAAACAGUCUAAAAACUACGUUUGGCAUUAACCGAAGGAGCAAGCUGGUAGAAUUUCCAGCAUUUAACUUGAUCCAGCAAACCCCCCAAGAUAUUAUGCAUAUAAUUCUUGAAGGCAUUGCUCCAUUAGAAAUAAAGUGUGUGAUAAAAGAGUUAAUUAAUUUAGGUCAGAUAGACUUGGAUGUCCUCAAUACUGCCUUAACAGGAUUUCCCUACUCACCACUUGAUGUCCGAGACAAACCAAGCCCUAUAACAUCCAGCACAUUAGCUUCAAUUGAUAAUAAAUUAAAGCAGUCCUCAGGCCAAAUGAUUGUUCUACUAAAAAUAUUGCCAUUUCUUAUUGACGCAGAUAAAGAUAACGAACACUACAAAAUAAUUACUGAACUCUUAGAAAUUACUCAAAUUUUGUUUGCUCCUGUCAUUAGUAUACAGACAAUUAGCAAAUUAAAAACACUUAUUGAACAGCAUUUAAAACAUAUGAAAAAUAUUUUCCCUGAUAACAACAUUACCCCAAAACAGCACUAUCUGAUUCAUGCUCCAUCACAGAUAAAAUUACUAGGACCAAUGGUCCGUCACAUGUGUAUGCGAUUUGAAUCCAAACAUUGUUUUUUCAAACAGUGGGCCUCAAAACUAAAUUUUAGAAAUGUUUGCAAGUCUUUAAUAAAACACAAUCAAAUGUAUGAAUGCUGUCAGAAUGCAGGUAAACACCCAUUUUUUUUAAUGAGUGUGUAUUGGGACCAACAUCAGAAAUUAGCAACAUGUCAUAUUUGAAAGAAAAAAUGAGGGCCUUCCUUGGCAAGGAUGAUAUAAACAAUGCAGUGUCUGUUAGAUGGAUUACUCUAAAUGGUAAUAAAUAUAUACGAGAGAAGACAUUACUUGUGACUGCUGUUAAUUCUAUCAAUUUACCUGAAUUUGGACUUGUAAGCAAUAUCUAUGUAAUUAACUCAUCAUUCUAUUGUUUGGAAUUCCAGCAGCAUAAUACUAUUUGUUAUGAUAGAAAUUACAUGGCAUAUAUAAUAGAGAUUCCAAACAUGGCACAAGCAACUGAAUUUUUAAAGGCUGAUAAUCUGGUAGAUUUCACUCCAUAUUACAGUUAUACUCACAAGGAUGUGAUUUAUGUUCCUACAAAAUAUUUUCUGGGAGAUGUGCUUGGGCUACAUGAAGCCUCAGCUGAAGAACUGUAAAAGGCACACUGAAAUGAGUUAUUUUUAUUUUUUCUUUGUGAUUGUUUAUUUUUGAUGAAACAGCCCAUCAGAAUAGAACAUUGCUGUCAUAUGCUCUGUCAGGUUCAGAUGGCAACAAAUAAACACCAUUUAACUGUU